UUGGUACAGCCAUAAAUGGAGGGGAAUUUAAUUAGAACGAUCGCAACCAUCAACCUUCCGCGGGGUGGUAUAAAAGUGAGAAAAGUCCCGUUGUAUCGCACGUACACUUCGAGUUAUCUGACCGAGGCACGCGAAUAGGAUCUUCGAGCGCAAGUCAAGAGACAAAUUGGAACUCGUUUAGCUGUCGUUUAUUCAUUCAACAACACAAUGUCUUUCGAGAUUCCCGAACCUUACGUCUGGGACGAUAGCUUCUGUGUCUUUUAUGCACUCUUAGACGAUGAACACAAAGGGCUUUUUAAGGGAAUCUUCGACCUUGCCGCAAAACCAACUGACGCCGCUGUGCUUGGUUCCUUGAUCUCCCUUGUUGAGAAACACUUUGCUGAUGAAGAGGAAAUGAUGAUAGCAAAGAAAUACGAUGAGAAACUACUAACACCUCACCAAAAAGCCCACAGAGAUUUUGUGUCGGACCUUAAAGGCCUUGCGGCUCCAGUAAACAAAGACUCGAUAGAUUUUGCCAAGAAAUGGCUGGUGAACCACAUUAAAGGCACCGAUUUCAAAUACAAGGGGAGGCUUGGCUAGACGUCUGUCAAUAUAAACACUUUUACAAGUAUAACGUCUAAACAGUAUUUUCAAAAUGUUAUGGAAACCGAUAAAGCAUUUAUUAAUAAUAGUACAAUUUAAACAUGUGUCCAACCAUCCGUCGAAGAUGUCUUAAAAUGAGAAAAUCUCCGUAUAUGGUUAUUGAUAUUUUGUUUCUUUUAGAGCGGAUGAUUAAAUUUUGCCAAAACGAAUAAACAAUUAAAACAAAACAAUGAGAUCAGAGCUUCUUAAGAAUUUUCAGCAUCAGUGUUCGAAAAAUAAAAAUUGUUACGUGUAUCCAAGUGGACUGAAUUGUUUUUCAUUUCUCAAUUCUUAAAGCUGAGACAAUCAACAAAUACAAGCCUCUGGUAGUAGAAGUUUUAUACCAGUUCAUACCAAAAAUAUCAUUUACUUGUGACAAUCAACACAUACAAGCCUCUGGUAGUAGACGUUUUAUACCAGUUCAUACCAAAAAUAUCAUUUACUUGUGACAAUCAACACAUACAAGCCUCUGGUAGUAGACGUUUUAUACCAGUUCAUACCAAAAAUAUCAUCUACUUGUG